AUGCUGCAUGAAUGUUUUAGGGUGCUAAGCAACAAUCGGAUCAAAAAAGUGGACGGUUUUGCAUUCCAGCAUUCAAGAAUAGGAGCUUUGAAACUGAACAACAACCCGAUAGAAAAAAUAAGCGAAAACGCUUUCGCCAGAAUGGAGUACCUCGGAAGACUUGACCUUUCUGGUACCAAGAUUACGGAGCUACCUGAGCAUGGGCUGAAGGAAGUAGAAGUGCUGACAAUAAAAGACACGCCCAGCUUAAAGAUUCUGCCUUCCAUAUUUGCCUUAAUGCACCUGAAGAAGGCAGAGCUGACGUACCCGUACCACUGUUGUCUGUUCAAGGUAUGUGGCUUGCAUCAAGAAAACCUGCACGAAAUAAGGCGACUCUACUGCAAAAGUCACCCGGACACCAAAAAGGUCGAAGCCAGAACGGAACACCGAGGCAAACGUUUCUUCCUGUCCAGCGAAAUUUGGUUCAGCGAUGCUCUGCCGGAUCCGGGCGUUUUGAAGCCGGACGUGGUCUGUGACGAACAAGAUGAUGCGCAGGUGAUUCGGUACUACACGAGUAUCGAGUGUUCCCCGAUGCCGGACGCGCUCAACCCGUGCGAAGACAUCACCGGAAGCACCGUUCUGCGGACGCUGAUCUGGCUGGUGUGGACGGUGGCCAUUUUCGCUAAUCUGUCUGCUUUGGCGACGCUGGUGAUCUGCAAUCCGUGCAAGGCCACAGCGACGCGGUUGCUGCUCGUCAACCUGGCGCUCGCCGACUUCCUCAUGGGACUGUACCUGGCCAUCAUAUCUGUUCAGGACGUGCGCACCGCCCAACAUUACUACAAUUUCGCCGUCGACUGGCAGACCGGAUUUGGAUGCAAAUUCUGCGGCUUUCUUGCCACGUUCUCCAGCGAGCUGUCGGUCGUCGUCUUGACUCUGCUUUCAUUCGAGGUGAACUGCUUUUCGUAUAGGUCAUUUCCAUUCAAAGGGCGUCACUCGUAA